AUGUUCACAUUAACGCACAUCACACAUCCAACGGUGGAUACGAAAAAACCACUUCUACUAUUGCAAUCCGAGCAUGGGGACAAGUUUCUAUUCGGUCAGAUCCCAGAGGGCACGCAAAGAACGUUUCCUGAAAACAAGACGAGGCUUUCGAAGCUGGAGUCUAUUUUCUUGACUGGGAUUCUGAGCUGGGAAUCCAUAGGUGGCUUGCCUGGUAUGAUAUUGACGCUAUCUGACCAGGGCGUCAAGUCGAUGAACCUAUUUCAUGGAAAGGACAUCAUAAACUUCGCUGUGGCGACAUGGAGGUAUUUCGUUUUCCGCUUCGGUAUGCAGCUCAAAACUGAAAUUCUUGCGGAUAGCCAAGUCUACGAAAACAAGCUGAUGCGUGUGCAAUCAAUAUUAGUCGGGUCGAGCGCAGAUGCAGACGAAAGUACUGAUCAUUCGCUGCCCAAAGGGCUCAAUAACGCUCUGAAAAAUAUUGUCUUGAAAAUGUUUCCUCAGCAUGAACCUACUGCUCGACAUGACCCUGCAUCCGAUCCUCAAAUGAACGUCGAAAUCCCUCAAAGCCCAAACAUGCCAACGCAAAGUACUUGCUACGAGAUAUCCUUAAAACCGAUCCGGGGCAGAUUCAAAGUAGAGGAAGCUAUGAGGCUCGGAGUCCCGAAGGGACAAUUAUUUGCCCAGCUCACAAAGGGUCAAAGCGUCACCCUGGAAGACGGCAAGAUCGUGGAACCACAUCAAGUACUCGAGAAGCAGAGAAAUUUUGCCAAGGUUCUGAUUCUAGACAUCCCUUCAGACUCGUAUUUACCACAGUUUCGCAAAAAAUUUGAAAACUAUGACAAGUCAUGUUUAGGAGCAGUUUACUAUUUCUUGGGUGAUGAUGUUACCAUGAGUAAGCAGUUGGUAGAGCUCAUGGAGGAUUUCGAUCAAGAAAACACUCACCAUUUUAUAUCCCAUUCCAAAAUCUGUCCAAAUUCCAUUGUUUUCAAAAGCUCAGCGAUAACCACCUUGAAGUUGAAAGCGAUACAGCCCCAAAACUAUAAUUUGCCUUUAUCUGACAGAGUCUUUUCCAAAGAAUUUUAUGAAUGCUUCAAAAAAAGCCUGCCUCGAGGAACCUCUAUGGUUCAGCAAAGAGAUCAGCCGUUAACAUCUAAAAUUGAAGGCGAAAAAGUUCACGUCAUGCUGCAAAACGACAGCGUUCUGAUUGAGCCUUUCACUUUAGGUGAGGAGCCACUGAAGAUGAGCUGUCAUCAAAGCUUCAGACCGAUGCCUCCAUGGUCUACUGUUUACGAAAGGCACAUCACCCCUUUGAAAAUUACUGGGGCUAGUUACACGUCUGUGGUCGAAGGCCAAGGACGUGCGAACAAUUUCAACAACGGCACAAGCAAAGGAAAAGUUGAAGUUAUCACUCUUGGGACCGGUAGCUCUUUACCUUCGAAAUACAGAAACGUUAUUUCCACCUUGGUAAAAGUACCAUAUGUUCUGAAUGGUAAACCAUACGAUAGAAAUAUUCUAUUGGACGCUGGUGAAAACACAUUGGGGACCAUCAAGAGGACUAUUCCUGACGCUGAGCUGCCUGAGCUGUUCCGAAAUUUGAAACUAAUAUAUUUGAGCCAUCUUCAUGCUGACCAUCACCUGGGUAUUGCUAGCUUACUUUCAGAAUGGUACAAGCAUAAUGCCGCAAAUUUGUCUGCGAACAUCUACCUUGUGAUACCUUGGCAGUAUCGCAUAUUUUUAAAGGAGUGGCUAUCAAUGGAGUGUCAUGAAAUUAAGGACAGAAUCAAAUUCAUCAGCUGUGAACACUUGAUAGAUGGUGGUUUUGUGAGAAAGGAAUUCAAGCCAUUGCCCUUCGAGAAUUUCCAAACUCUAGGUGGGCCAAACAUAAAGAAAAGACGCCUUGAGUGCGAUGACAAGUCAUCUUUCAGAGAUCGUGAAACUAUUACGCAAAUGUAUCGAGAUUUGAAGAUAUUAACGUUUCAAACAUGUCGUGCCAAACACUGCGACUGGGCAUAUUCCAACUCGAUCACAUUUUUUACAAAGUCCGACACGUCCUCCGUCUUCAAAAUAUCAUAUUCAGGUGACACUAGGCCCAACGUGGAGAAAUUCGCCAAGUCGAUCGGACAAAACUCUGAUCUUCUUAUCCAUGAAGCAACGCUCGAUAACGAACUUCUCGAAGAUGCAGUGAAAAAGAGGCAUUGCACCAUCAACGAGGCUAUAGAAGUUUCUAAUCAAAUGGGUGCACACAAACUAAUCUUGACUCACUUUUCACAAAGGUAUCCAAAGCUGCCUCAAAUUGAUAACAACAUCAAGAUCGACGCUAAGGAAUACUGUUUUGCAUUUGAUGGUAUGAUUGUAACCUACGACAAUAUUGGCGGGCAGACGUCUAAACUUGGCCUUUUGAACAGCGUCUUCACUGAAGAACAGUUCCUGGAUGAUCAAGAUGAAAUCAAGGGCCCAAGCUCCUAA